AUGGAGAGAUCAGUAAUUAGGGUUAUACUAAUUAGCUGCAUUGUGAUGUUGGGGUGGGCAAUAGGUUCUUCCAUGGCUGCUGAAGAUGCGACAGCUUAUUGGACGGACUACAAGGUUAUAGAGAAUGACUGGAGUCUGAAAAAGCAAUAUUAUUGGACCGCCUUCUGUGGACCGGAGAUUUCUAAGCCACAAUCAAGAUGUGGACUCUGCUUAAAAGUGACCAACACUGCCAAUGGAAAAAGCGUGACGGUGAGAGUGCUGGAUACAUGCCAAGCCAAGUUUGGAUUUGGACUAUCCAGCGUUUUCUGA